AUGCACGGCUCCCGCCGCGCUGCGAGUUUGCAGCCCAGCGAUUACGAUCACGAAAUCACAAUUACGGAUGACGAGGAGGCUGCCUCGCUACAGGCCACAAGCUCUGAGGGCGGAGGCCUUUUCCCCACAAACACUUCGACGCGCUUGCUUUCAGAUCGGGGAGCAGAGACGGAGGAAGAACAAGGGCAGCCGUCAGAACAAGGCGAAAGGGCGCAAGGAGAUCCGAGUCAUCUGCAGCCGAUUGCAUCCAAGGGCAAAGAUGGCGGAGCUUCAAUCUACAAGUCAAACACAUUAGAGACUGCCAAAAGCCUUGAGCCCCCGCGUUCUAGUACAAGACCAUCGAUUGAGAUUCAUCCUCCAAGCGGCGACAUCAUUUCGCCACGUACCUCGAACUGGGACAACCGCUCAAGACCAAGGUCGAGAGAACAACGAGAGACUGCCAUAGACAUUCUCUAUGAGAAUGAAAGAGGAGGGUUUUUCUGUGGCGUUGGCCUCUUUGCCAGCGCAGCUCUCGGCGGACUUGAUCCCACCCCCUGGACCAAUGCAUACCACAACCCAUCCCCCACAAACAUUCAUACUGCGCAGGUUCCCGAUCCUUCAUGGGAGUGGGCAUGGCCUGAAUGGCGCGUCAACAAGCAAGAUGAUAUGGAUGAAGACGGCUGGGAAUAUUCUUUUGCCUUUCAGAAAUGCUUCUCAUGGCAUGGACCUAAGUGGUGGAACUCGUUUGUCAGGAGGCGUGCCUGGAUCCGUCAGAGGGCGAGGAAGCGACCCGAAGAUGGCUCAACCGAAAAUAUGCUUGCCGGAGUCGACUAUUUUCACAUCCGCCCUGCAUCCGUUAUCAGUCCGCGAUCCCAGAGCAGUCGAGCCAGUAGCAGGGCUCCAAGCAGAGCCCCAAGCAGGAUUAGUAUGACACAGGCAUCGACUGCAGAGGAGCGGGAGCGACCAGAUAUCGAGGAUAUAGAAACCCUUCUUCAGGUUCUCCGCUCUGCCAGGAUUGAUCGAGAGAGGAGAGAAGCCGUCGAGAACUAUAUCGCACAUGCAAUCGAUCUCUCAGAGCUACAGAAUGAGAUGCACGAAAUUAUGUCUCUGUUCAUAUUCCAGCAAUCGCGCAGGCAGUUGUUAUCAUACUUGAUGCAGAUACACGAAGAGACUGAAAAGGCGUGGGAAGAGGACAAGAGUCUGGAGUUGAAGCAUCGCAGAGAGGCCCUCGACGCGGCUGCAAAACAUGCUGAAGAAGAGGUUUGCAAGCUGGCUUACUGGAGCGACGUGAAGCAGAUGGCUGAGAGCGGAGAGCUGCGAGAUGUGAAAGGCGCUGAUAAGGAAUUGGGAGCAGAUCCCUGGCAAGGUCUGGACAAGAGUGCUCCAGAGCCUCCCAGAAACGGCAAAAAGCCAGAGCACUGA